GGUCAGACUUGGCGCUGGGCUCUCUUGCUCCCGACGCCGCCCUGAUUGACCAAUUAAAUAUAACAACCAUCUAACCAAGAACAAGUAGCUCUCGUGCGAGCACUUCGCCCACGCUACUAAUACCACAAGUGCUGCUAACAACACCACAACAUGACUAGUAGCAACAACAACAAUAACAAUAACACCAUACAUCAACAUUUGCAUUCACCUACCAAGCUAACAGAAUUCGCACGCAACUUUGAGGACAAACCUGAAUCACUUUUUGGACGCGUUGUCAAUAAAAUACAAAAUGUGUACAAUCAAAGUUACAACACUGUCAACGAUAUAUCCAGCGGAGGCAGUGGCAGCCAACAGUCAAUGCAAAUCGGCAAGUCCAUGUUUUAUGAUGAGAGGUCGUCGCCCGCAGCGGAAACUGGUGAGAUGACGAGCAACAGCUCUUCGUCUAGUCUUAGCUUGACGCGACCACAGCCACCGACCACUCUGAAUUUACCCGCCACAAGCGAAACACGCAGUAAUAGUCAUUCGACGACCGCAAUCGCCGAUGACUCGGAAGCAAACGAACAUGUCGAAGAGCUGCCCAGCGAAGCCAAUCACGGUCGCAGUGUGUCCAAUGUGCUGAAGCACAUUAGCAACAUUGCCUCUUCGAAGAACAACAAUGAAUUGCGUAAGUACAAAAAUACGGAGCUCCAGAGUUUCUGGAUGCCUGACUCAAAGGCCAAGGAAUGCUAUGACUGCGCCUUGAAAUUCUCAACGUUUCGGCGAAAGCAUCACUGUCGCAUUUGUGGCCAAAUAUUCUGUUCUAAGUGCUGCAAUCAAGUGGUGCCAGGCACAAUAAUUCGUUGCGAAGGCGAUCUAAAAGUAUGCAAUUACUGCUCGAAAAUUGUUCCCACUUUUCUGAAGAACCCAAACCUAAGUGGGGAUCUGCAAGCACAACAGCGGAACCUUACCAACAAAUCGGAGGCAAAUGACAAUGCGCCCGAUUGCUCUCCUCUUCUGCAACAACGUGCUCAGCUAUCGCGUAAACCAUCACUCGGCUAUCAGGAGGAGCGGUUUAACUCGCAACAUGCCUAUACCACGCUGUCUGUGGAUGAUCGUAAGAACAUAUUGCAACAGUCGAAUUCACUCAUUACACUGCAUGAGGAGAUGCAAAGGAAAUUACCCGCCCAAAAUUGUGGAUUGCACCUGAUUGGAUUUUUAAAUACAAACAAUAAGUCUUCCAACAAGGUGCAAGCUGUGGCAAUAUUAAAUGCCAUGUUAGCAGCUGGAUUCCUGCAGCCCAUUGUGCCCGACACAGAACAAACAGAAUUUGAUGAGAAUUUGCAUUAUAAAUUUGCGGACUUGCCGCGUCAAAUUCAAGGGGUCAUAAAAAGGGACGCCGCCGUACCAAGUAGCCCGCAGUUUGAAGGACCCAGUGUAGAGCCGCAACCUCCUAAGGAUGUGUCGCUAAAUUUGGCUUUGAAUCAGGAACUUGAGCUAGAGAAUCAAAUGCGAUUCACAACCACAAACUCAAAACUGCUGGAAUCGUAUUGCGAUCAUGAAGAUCAAUUGUUGAAUCAGCUUCUUCUUGCUCAUCAGCUGGAUCCUGAUUGGGGAAAGGUGCUCCAAACGUUGUGCUCCACAGCCGCCAACAAUUUCAAGCCUGAAAAUUGCUGCAACGAUCUCAUGGACAUACGCAAUUUUGUGAACUUUAAAAAGGUUCCCGGCGGCAAGCGCAAGGACUCCACAAUUGUGCAUGGCGUGGCCUUCUCCAAGAAUGUAGCGCACAAGGAUAUGGCCACGCAUGUAAACAAUCCGCGUAUUCUACUCCUGCAGUGCCCAAUCGUAUAUGAGCGGAUUGAGGGAAAGUUUGUAGGCCUGGACACUGUUCUACUUCAGGAGGAGGAAUAUCUUCAAAACGUGUGUGCCCGCAUUAUGAGCUUUCAACCAAAUGUGGUGCUAGUCCACAAAAAUGUGGCGCGUGUGGCCCAAGAUAUGCUGCGUUCCGCCGGCGUAACAUUGGUGCUGGAUGUUAAGCUAUCCGUGAUGGAGCGUCUGUCACGCACGCUUCAGUGUGACAUUGUAAACUCAAUUGAGUCAAGCAUUACGCUCCCUAAGCUGGGCUACUGCAAUGAUUUCUAUAUAAGAAGUUAUAAUGAUGGCCAUGGCUCCGUCAAGACUCUGAUGUUCUUCGAGAAGCUCAGCAGUUCAAGAGGUUACACAUGUCUGCUCCGAGGUGCACACGAUUCGGAGCUAAGGCGUGUAAAAAAAGUGGCAUCGGCACUGCUUUUCGCACGAUAUAAUUGGCGGCUAGAAAUGUCAUUUCUGCUCGAUGAAUUUGCACAACCUUUGGCGCCUAAACCCUCCAUAUUCGACUCGAAGGAUACCAGCCCCAAGUCAGAGAAGGAGCCAACAGCCGAUGAGCCCUUGGAGUCCGUGUUGCGGUCAGCUAAGCGUCCAAUAACAGAGCGUAAGUCAGAGGAUAAAAUCAUGGCCGCCAUUGCCGAGAAUGUAGCCGAUUUCACGGACCCUUUGCGCUCUACGCAUAUGACAUCGCAACCCACAUCGCCUAGCGAGCAAGCUGACGUGGUGGCUCUGGCCGUGGAAACGCGGUACGACAAUCGUUUUCGCAAUGCCCUGAGCUCCACGCUGCUCUCUGUAAGUCCAUUCUCCACAUUCCCGCUACCGUAUCUAGAAACGGAACAAGGUCGCAAGUGCAAGCUGAGAAAACUUUUCCCAGCCGAGCUGUACUUUUCCAAGCUGUGGUCUCAGAAUCAGCCUACUUUGGAGCAUCCAGACAGCAGCAAUCUGAAUGUUGAGCAAAACAACAAGGAGAACAAAGAGCAGUUACUGCCACCACAUCCAUUCUUAAAGCUUAAGAUUACGGAGCCCAUUACUAGUCGCGAAAUUCAAACGAAAUUGGCGGAGUUUCGAGCGUUUGGUGGUCGUUUUGCCAAGGGCAAGAAAAUGCUGCGACCAAAGAAGAAAGAAGAACCAAUACAACGUCCACAGAAGAUUAGUGACGAUCAACUGUACAAGGACGCAUUGGAUCCCGAGAAUCAUCAGCGGCUGCCAGUACUCUUCUGCAGCUUCCAUUACAAUCCGAAAUCGGUAUCUUCUUUUUGCAAGCUGCCGAUGCUACUAAACAUGAAGUUUUAUGGUCAACACGACAUAAUGUUGGGACAAUUUUUGCAGCGCUACUGUUGCCUCCUCAAUCCCAUAUGCGCUUCCUGCAAGUUGCCCAUGCUGGGCCAUGUAAGACGAUACGUGCACUCCUUGGGCUGUGUGCAUGUCUAUCUCACCGAAGACCUAACGCGAUCGGAUCCAAAAAUCAUAUAUUUUACUUCUUGGUGCACCAUUUGCAAUGCAACAACACCCUCUGUGCCUCUCUCAGAGACAUCGAAGUGCCUGUCACUGGCCAAGUACUUGGAAAUGCGCUUCCAUGGACACGCAUACAAGAGACGACCUUUUACUGAUGCCAGCGGCAACGAACCAACUAGCCAAUGCGAGCAUUCACUUCAUCGCGACUAUGUGCACCAUUUUAGUUUUCGGGGCGUCGGUGCAAAGUUUCAAUACACGCCAAUUGAUGUGUGGGAGGUGGGUAUGCCCGACUUAAGGCUUGAGCUCGAACCGCCCAAGCGUUUAAUUGGACUGGAAGUGCAGGAAGAGAUAAAGAACUUCCCUAUACGUGGUCACGAGGUCUACACACGCAUUCACGAGCGUAUCGCCGAUCUAGCCAGCGAAGAUGAGCAAUCGCCGUUGGUGCUUAAUCUGAGGACAACGCUGGCAACGGAUCAGUUCAUAUUUAAACAGAAGAUCGAAAUCGUGCACACCUUGUUAACGGACAGCAAGGCCAGUUCUUACGACAUCAACGAUGCCAUUGUUAUGUCCAAGCGCGCCCUGGCCGAGAGCAUCGAACUCUGGGGUCCGCGCCUUAAUGAGAUAGAGAGCGUGGCCUUGAAAUUGGCCGGCAAGCAAGCGAAUCAAAUUGAUGCAGGACAAAUCUGCACCGAAGAGCUGCGUCCAGAACACUUGGAACCAGUUUCAGCCGGCUCGGAUGGCACCAAACCUCCAAAUCUGCAAUUAGAUAGCCACGCGCCUGUCGAAUGCCAAGGGGAGGACACAGAUAUGCCUGGCAGUGCUCUCUCUGUGACUGAAAAGAAGUUCUCUAUUGAACAAAUGCUAGCUUCCACGGUCAGCACGGACAAGAAGUCGAUUAAAAAGAUACUGACACAACUGCUGCCAUCGACAAAUCCGACAAACCUUCUGCAAUCGCCCUUCUCUGCCCAGGAACAUUUGACUCUGCCCCUUGGCGCCAUACCCAUAAAAGUACGCGAACAAGACCUCAGCUCUGUUAUUGCAUAUUUCCUGACAUCAAAGGAUUAUCAGCGCGCACUCACGGAUCUCAAUGCUGGUGAGACCAGCAGCGGUGCCGAAACGGCACAUGCUAGCCCACAGAUGAAGCGCAAACAGCAGGAAAGCGAUGCUGAAGAUUCGGCCUCCAUUAAUACAGCCCACAGCAACAACGCUACAGCCGCCGAUGGUGAAGAGCGAGUCAAAACCAAGUCAUCCCACACCCACAUCUCUCUUAGCUUUAAUAACAACGGAACACAGUUCCACUGCAAAAUUUACUUUGCCCGCGAAUUUGAUCUGAUGCGGACGAACACCUUGCGACCGCCCAAAGAAGACAACUCGCUGUACAAGAAGCUGGAAAAGAACAAAAUGCGCGAGGAGCUUAGAAUCUCACAGAGCAGAACGACUGCCGGUGCCGAAAUGGAGCUCAUACGAAAGCCCAGCGAUGCAGUGCGUCCGACGGCAUCUCCCAACCGGCGCGAUGAGCAAACAGACAUGGACGAGUGCCGCAUCGCACUAGCCCGUAGUCUCUGUAACAGCGUACAGUGGGAGGCACGCGGUGGCAAGUCCGGGUCGCGCUUUUGCAAAACACUUGAUGACCGCUUUGUGCUUAAGGAGAUGACGCAAAAGGACAUUACAAUCUUUCAACAAUUCGCUCCCAACUAUUUUGAGUACAUCAAUAAAUGCCACCAACAGGAGCAGCCCACAUUACUGGCCAAAAUCUUUGGUGUCUUCAAAGUAAGCAUCAAAAAGAAGGAUCACUUUGAGGAAAAAUCACUGCUUGUUAUGGAAAAUCUAUUCUAUGCGUGCGAUAUAACGAACAAAUUUGAUUUGAAGGGCUCUGAACGGAAUCGCUUGGUUGAUCCCAGCACUCAAAUAGGCGAGACCGUAUUGCUCGAUGAGAAUUUGGUGCAAAUGUCUUGGUCAAAGCCGCUUUAUGUCCUUUCACACAGCAAAGCAGUGCUGAGGGAUGCCAUAAUUAGAGAUGCUACGUUCUUGGAAAAGAAUGGGGUAAUGGAUUAUUCGCUAUUGGUGGGUCUGGAUCAUAAGAACAGCGUACUCGUCUUGGGCAUUAUAGACUAUAUACGCACCUUUACAUUGGACAAGAAACUCGAAUCGUUUGUAAAACAAACGGGCAUUCUUGGUGGUAGUGGGAAGCUGCCGACGGUUAUAUCACCGGAACGUUAUAAACAACGUUUCAUAGAUGCUAUGGAUCGGUAUUUCAACACAGUGCCCGACCGCUGGGAGGGUCUAUCGAAAUUUUGACAUUUAAACUUACUGCGUUAACACUUAACGCGACUUAAGUGAUUCAGGAGUGGGCUCAAAUUAUUUGCACAGGAUCACCAUUCAAUUAACCUUGAAUUUCGCAUACACAUAUACUAUAUACUUAAUAAACUACGGCAAUAGUUGACCAAA